AUGUUGGGACCUCUAUCUUUCAAAAACAGCCUCUGCGACCUAGGAUCAUCAGUCAGCCUCAUGCCUUUGUCCGUAGCAAAGAGACUGGGAUAUCACAAGUAUCAAGCCUGCGGAAUCUCACUAGUCUUGGCAGAUAGAUCGAUAAGGUUACCAACUGGAAUGCUUGAAGACCUGCCUUUGAGAAUAGGGAAUGUAGAAAUCCCCACCGACUUCAUUGUGCUGGAGAUGGAUGAGGAACCAACAGAUCCAUUGAUACUAGGAAGGCCAUUCCUAGCUACAGCAAGAGCAAUGAUAGAUGUCUGUGAAGGCACAAUUGAGCUAAACUUGGGAAAGGACCUAAGGAUGAAGUUUGACAUCAAGGAUACAAUGAGGAAGCCAACAAUAGAAGGUCAACUCUUUUAUGUUGAGGAGAUGGAUCAGUUGGCAGAUGAGCUUUUAGAAGAGCUAUCAUUGGAGGACCCCCUACAAGUUGCUUUGACCAAGGAUUCUUCAGAAGGAUAUGUGAGCUCAGAAACCGAGGAAUAUUCGAAGCUCCUUGACACCUUCAGACCAGUUCCAAGCAUUCUGAGCAUUGAGGGGUUAGACAGGCCAAUUUGCGAAGUCAUGGCAGAGCAAGCUCAAGGAGAUUGGUCUGAGCUCAAGGCGCCUAAGGUCGACCUCAAACCUUUGCCUGAGGGCCUCAGAAAAGCAAUAGGUUACACUCUAGAUGAUAUCAAGGGAAUCUCCCCUGACCUAUGCAUCCAUAGGAUUCAUCUAGAGGAUGAAAGUAAGUCUAGCAUUGAACCUCAAAGGAGAUUGAACCCCAAUCUAAAGGAAGUAGUGAAGAAAGAGAUACUCAAGUUGCUUGAUGCUGGGAUAAUCUAUCCCAUCAGUGAUAGCACUUGGAUAUCUCCAGUUCAUUGCGUCCCAAAGAAAGGGGGGAUCACUGUCAUAAAAAAUGACAAAGAGGAGCUGAUUCCCACUAGAACAAUAGUGGGGCAUCGCAUGUGUAUUGACUAUAGGAAGUUAAAUUCAGCAUCUAGAAAGGAUCAUUUCCCUCUCCCUUUCAUUGAUCAGAUGUUAGAAAGAUUAGCAAACCAUCCUUUUUAUUGUUUUCUUGAUGGUUACAGUGGUUUCUUCCAAAUCCGAUCCACCCCAAUGAUCAGGAGAAAACCACUUUCACAUGCCCUUAUGUCGCACGAUCCCAAUCCCAAUGGUCCGGAUGGGAUGAACAACUCUGAAGACGAAGAGAAGAUAAAGCUGUUUCAAGAACGGUAUGGUCGGGAUAAGGAAUUUCCGGACAUUUCCGAGUAG